CAGCAGGCUGGCAGUGACGGGGCGGAAAGAGGAGCUGGAAGUGCUCUCUGGAUGAGAGAGAGCUCAUCUCCAGCUCUUGGGAGGCUCCUCCGCCCUCUCUCUCUCUCUCUCUCUCCUGACGAGUCGAGCCUAAACACGUGCAAUUAACACACCACAGCUGCGAUCCGAACCUGCAUUCCAAACAAAAAACCCUCCUUUGUCGACCCUCUCCAGCGUGACGGUGGGUGGUGACGCGCGGAUUUUAUCCCGGGCGGUAAAGUUUGUUCGGCGCGGCUCGAGCAUGAGCGAGCUGGAUGAAGACUUCGCCAAGCUGCUGCUGCUGAAGGAGGAGAGGAUACGGGACUUGGAGCGGCGCCUGGCGGAGCGCGAGGACGAGCUGCACGAGCUCAAGCGCAAGCUGCACAAGUGCCAGUCGGUGCUGCCGAGCGCGCCCGUACUGGGCCCGCGGACACGGCGCGCGCAGGGCAUUUCCGCUGAGCCCUCAACGCCCCGGGACGUGGCCAAACAAACGUUUCGCAAACAUCACAAGUCAGACAGGUCCAAGGAGUUGAUCAAAGAGGCAAUCUUGGACAAUGACUUCAUGAAGAACCUGGAGCUAUCUCAGAUCCAGGAGAUCGUGGACUGCAUGUACCCUGUGGAGUAUGGCAAGGACAGCUGCAUCAUUAAAGAGGGUGAUGUUGGCUCCCUUGUCUAUGUCAUGGAAGAUGGAAAGGUGGAGGUGACAAAAGAAGGCUUGAAGCUGUGCACCAUGGGACCUGGGAAGGUGUUUGGAGAGCUUGCUAUUCUUUAUAACUGCACCAGGACUGCUACAGUGAAAACUUUAACCAAUGUGAAGUUAUGGGCCAUCGACAGGCAGUGCUUUCAGACCAUCAUGAUGAGGACUGGACUGAUCAAACAUGCAGAGUACAUGGAGUUUCUAAAAAGCGUUCCAACAUUCCAUGGCCUUCCAGAAGAAAUACUAAGCAAGCUGGCAGAUGUCCUUGAGGAGACACAUUAUGAGGAUGGGGAUUAUAUCAUCAGGCAGGGAGCAAGGGGAGACACUUUCUUCAUCAUUAGUAAAGGAAAGGUGACAGUGACCCAAGAGGACUCUCCCAGUCAGGAGGCUGUGUAUUUGCGCUCUCUGGGAAAGGGCGACUGGUUUGGUGAAAAAGCCUUGCAGGGAGAGGAUAUCAGGACAGCCAAUGUCAUCGCUGCAGAAACCGUUACCUGCCUUGUAAUUGACAGAGAUUCUUAUAAGCACCUUAUUGGAGGUUUGGAGGAUGUGUCCAGCAAAGGAUCUGAAGAUGCAGAGGCCAAAGCAAAGUACGAGGCAGAAAACGCUUUCUUCUUCAACUUGCACCUGUCGGACUUCAACAUCAUAGACACUCUUGGAGUUGGAGGAUUUGGACGUGUUGAGUUGGUGCAACUGAAGAGUGAUGAGUAUAAGACAUUUGCCAUGAAGAUCCUGAAGAAGCGCCAUAUUGUGGACACCAGACAACAGGAGCACAUUCGCUCAGAGAAACUCAUCAUGCAGGAAGCUCACUCUGACUUCAUUGUGAGACUCUAUAGGACAUUUAAGGACAGUAAAUACCUGUACAUGCUGAUGGAGGCAUGUCUAGGAGGAGAGCUGUGGACUAUCCUGAGAGACAGAGGUUCAUUCGAUGAUUCCACUACACGAUUCUACACAGCAUGUGUAGUGGAGGCUUUUGCCUAUCUGCAUUCCAAAGGCAUCAUUUACAGAGACCUCAAACCAGAGAACCUGAUACUGGAUCACAGGGGCUACGCUAAGCUGGUGGACUUUGGCUUUGCUAAGAAGAUUGGAUUUGGGAAGAAGACAUGGACAUUCUGUGGGACGCCAGAGUAUGUGGCCCCAGAGAUCAUUCUUAACAAAGGUCAUGAUAUCUCUGCAGACUACUGGUCCCUGGGCAUCCUCAUGUAUGAACUGCUGACUGGGAGUCCUCCUUUUUCAGGCCCUGACCCCAUGAAGACUUACAACAUCAUCCUAAGAGGCAUUGACAUGAUUGAAUUUCCGAAGAAGAUUACCAAAAAUGCUGCCAAUCUAAUUAAAAAGCUAUGCAGGGACACUCCAUCUGAAAGACUAGGAAACUUGAAAAAUGGUGUCAAGGAUAUUCAAAAGCACAAAUGGUUUGAAGGCUUUAACUGGGAUGGCUUACGGAAGGGAACACUAGCACCUCCCAUCAUCCCCAAUGUCUCAUCAGCCAUAGACACAAGUAAUUUUGACAGCUUUCCUGAAGACAAUGAAGACCCUCCUCCUGAUGACACCUCUGGCUGGGACAUAGACUUCUAAAGCUUCUACACACACUCUCUUGUUUAUCAUACACCAAACAAAAGACCUGCUCCACUGUUGCCUGAAACAGAGCUGCUUCUUUUGGAAAGGCUGCAUUGAGGACUAGAGGAGAAAAAGAACAGACUAAGAGAGUGGAAGAAGAAAAACUUUUGUUUUGAUUAGCCUUGACUGUUGCAAUAGAGAAACUAAAGUUCCUAUGGACUUAAGCUACAAGGGAAUCGGAGCUUUCAGCGCUCUACUGCACGAGUCCCAACAACGGGGGAGGAGAGGGGAGUAUAAUUCAUAUUGUGUGUGUGCGUGUAUGUGUGUGUGCGCCGUCACCCCGGUGUAUGUGUGUGUGUAGUUGCCUCAAGCCCUUCUUAUCAUGUUAUAAUGGAGACAUAUUGCAGCAGACUCUGACCUCACUCACUUGCUUUUUGCCCCAGAUUGGCUGCAAACUUUUUAUCUUCCAAACCUUGUGGAGACUACUCAGACAAGUAUGUAAUAGAGAUUUGGAUUAAAACGCUGUAUCUCAAAGCCAGGAUUAAGGGGGAGUACACAGACCUGAAUGUUAUUCUUAUAGCUAAUGAGGCAUUAUCAAACAUGUACAUAGUAAUAUAUUACCCAAACAAAACAUGUGCAGCAUUAGCUGUUUAUCCUUAAAAAGCACAACAUUUUGUUGCAUUUAUAAUAAUGGCUAGGUAAUAGACUUCAGAAGUGCCCUGUGCAGACAUUGCAUAAGUAUCUCUCUUCGUUGCUCCUUACAUUUCUGUGUGUAAUAAAAUGGCAGAUAGCCAUUUUGGCUGAUGAUGUGGCUGACCCAGGGCUUGUGCAAAUGUUUAUCAGAAACUCCUAAUGUGCCUCAGAUUCACAACACGGUUUAUAUAAAAAUGCAAAGGCCCCUGCUGAAUUCAGAAUGCUCACCUCUUUUAAGCUAACACCAUAUCCAUAUAUUGCUGUCAUUAAACCCGGCCUAAACUGUUUCUGAGUAAAGUUUAACCACUGUGAUCAGGCAGGGAUUUAAUAAUAGUUUUUUAAUAGGCCUGUGACACUGGUUUUAGAGAAAGUAGGGGAGAUAAUUUGAGCUUUUAAUGGCCUCGUAUUUAAGUCUAUCUAAUGGUGUGGUUAGAUAACUACAGCUGAAUUCAGGUAUAACUUAUUUGCUUAUGAAUACAUCAAAACAUCUCCAACUCCACUGACAUAUGGACUGGAUCUGACCAUGGAAGGAAUUAGUGCCUUAAAUCAAUGGCAUCCUAAAACACUAUUGACCAUUAAUUUGUUCCAUGUAAAAGCCUCAAACUGGCAUCCUCCAUCCAUUUCUCCACUGUUUUACAAUAAGGUCCAUUUCUUGGUUUUCAAAUGUAAAUGUAAACCUGUGCACAGCUAGACACUGUGAAACAGAGGAAGGACAUAGAGGUAUGUCUUUACGGCAUGCAUGCUUAUGCAGCUGGAUCAGCAGGGCAGUUUAAAGCAGUAAUUGCGUUUCAUUGUAAGAUUAUGUUUAGCACUUUUCUUGAAUAAUUACUGUGCCGCAGUAUGCAGUACUAAACACCACAGUCUAUGUAGCAUUUGUCUUAUGUAACUGCACUGAGGUGGCCUCCUUCCUCUUUAACCUCUUCCAGUUGCUUCCAUUCACACUUUACUGAUAGGACCUGAAGACUUACUACAUAUCUAUACACAGCCUCCAUGAUGGAGGAAAUACCACUCUUAGCCCCCCUGAACAAAGGGGAGAUUGUGAUUACAGUUGCAAUCAAUUGCAAACUAUAUAGCCCACAACUGAUACCCUAUAUAACUGUUUGGAGGGUUUUUUCACUUACUUUGGUUGCCUUGACUGCCAGUGUCUGGCAUGGGGGGGAAAAAAAAAAUCAGAGAACUACUUGAAAAUUAUCCAGGCCCAUAAGGAGAAUCAAGACUGUGCCUAGCUUACACAGGCCCAACAAACUUCAGUAAGGUCACUGAAACCAUUAACCCAUUACUGUCCAUGUCAAAAAUGUUGAAUGUCCUUUGGUCCAUGUGUUCGCUAAGGUUGCCUGAGCACACUAUUUGGCUUUAAAAAAAAAGGAAAAAAAAUAUAUGGCUACAAUUUUCUAUAAGCUAAUUUAUGGUAUUAAAUCUAGACUUUUGGUGACAUUGGAAGAAGUUAUGUGGUAAUUUUCCAUGUCAUAAUAAAUGUAUUUGUUGGACAUGAAUGGGUUAAAAUGUAUUCUAUUCCUUUUUUAUAAUCAAAUGUUUUACUUUUCUUCUUGUAGUUUCGGGUGUAAUCUUACUUACUCAGUCUGACUUUAUUACCCGAGGCUGCACUGUAUCUGCAUUGCUUUUCGCCGUCAUUGAGUGAUGUGUUUUUUGCCAAGAUAUUUAUUUUCUCUUACUGUACUCUGAUGUCCUUGUACUGCAAUGCCAUGUGCAGUGUGCCUGGUAUGAACUUUAUAGACCUGAAAUAAAGACAAAUUUCUUUUA